UUUUUUUUUUUUGACUUUUUUGGUCUGCCAAUUAAAAUGAAAAAGAAAACAAAGUUGAGACUAAUUAUUAUUCAACUUUACUCUUCUUUCAAUACUUAAACAUGAUCCCUCAAAGCCAGAUGUAGCUCGCUUCCCUCUACAGCAGAUAGACAAUAAUAUCUCGUUAGAAAGAUCGAGGACCUAGCUGCUAGCCAGUAACAAUGUCUAGAUCCCAGUUCCAGUUUCUUGUGCUGCACUUUACUAGUCUGUUCAUCUUGUGGGCUAUGAGCAGCAGGGCAACACUAGCUGCAGCCUCACCGGUGCCCCCCACAGACUCGAUAGCAAAGCUUCACUGCCCGUCCCAUUGUGGAGACAUUGCAAUCCCAUACCCUUUUGGAAUUGGAGAAGGCUGCUACCUUACUGGCAGCGACACAGGUUUCUACAGCAACUCGUUCCAGAUAAUAUGUAACUACUCAACCAGCCCUCCCAAACCUUUCUUGACCAGCACGAGUCUUGAAGUGCUGGAAAUCUCUAUUGAAGGAGAACUCCUGGUCAGAAGCCCCAUAACCUUCUCAAAUUGCACUGACAAGCCGGGGCUGCCGAGCAACCGCCAGACCUACAACCUGGAGCAAACCCCUUUCUGGUACUCCCAGGAUAACAGAUUCACUUCAAUGAGUUGUGGAGGAAUUGCCCUAAUGACAAAAUUUUCUAAUGGGUUGACAACAACACUUGGUGGCUGCUUGUCCAUUUGUGACUACUCUAGUAGUAACCCUGUAUUAAAGAAGAAUACCUGCAUUGGUAUCAACUGCUGCCAAUCCACCUUUCCUAAAUAUCUAAAGAACUUCAAUGCUAGCUUUGCAGACGUAACUAUAAACGCUCGCAGUGCUAACGAAUGCAAGUAUGUAUUCGUUGUAAAGCAAAGUUGGUUUACUAGAGCAAAUAUGUCGGUCAUUGGUGAUAUGGACUACGUCCCUGUGGAGCUGAAAUGGAGCGCACGCUCAUAUUCGGAUAUCUCGAACAAUUGGACUGUCUCUAACAAUAGCACAUAUAUCAGCGAUGAUGGACGUCUACUCUUAUGCUCAAAAGGCUAUGAAGGAAACCCUUAUCUUCUUCAUGGAUGUCAAGAUAUCAAUGAAUGUGAGGGUCGACCAUGUGGUAGUUACGAGAUCUGUAUCAAUUAUCCUGGAGGCUUUAAGUGUGAUCCUCCACCGACAAGCUUACGGCCGGAAAAGCUGGUUGUUAUAGGUCACACCUCAUUAUUAGGAAUCGAUUUAGGAAUCAGGGGUUAUGGGGUUCCAAUUACAAGCACUGUUUUUGGAGUUCUACUUAUACUCAUUUGGGGAUGGUGGUCGCACAAAGUGAUAAAAAAACAGAAGAACAUCGAACGCAAGAAGAAAUUCUUCAAACAAAAGUUGGAGCAACAAGUAUCUUCAGGUGAAGUCAAUGUUGAGAAAAUUAAGCUGUUUAGUUCCAAGGAGCUAGAGAAAGCCACAGACCAUUUUAAUGUAGACAGAAUUCUUGGUCAAGGAGGCCAAGGUACUGUUUACAAAGGAAUGCUGGCAGAUGGAAGAAUUGUUGCUGUGAAGAAGUCUAAACUAGUUCAUGAUGGGGAAAUUAGACAAUUCAUCAAUGAAAUUGUCAUUCUUUCCCAAAUUAUCCACAGAAAUGUGGUCAAACUUUUGGGUUGUUGCUUGGAUACAGAAGUUCCCCUUUUGGUUUAUGAAUUCAUUGCCAAUGGAACACUUUAUGAAUAUAUUCAUCAGCAGAAUGAAGAGUUUCCUCUUACAUGGGAAAUUAGACUACGAGUUGCCGUCGAAGUAGCAGGAGCUAUUUCCUACUUACAUUCUGCAGCUGAUUUUCCCAUUUACCAUCGAGAUAUCAAGUCAUCUAACAUACUCCUAGAUGAGAAAUACAGAGCAAAAGUAGCAGACUUUGGGACUUCUCGAUCUGUUUCGAUUGACCAAACACACCUUACCACACUAGUACAUGGAACAUUUGGUUAUUUGGACCCAGAGUACUUCCAAUCUAGCCAAUUUACUGACAAGAGUGAUGUUUAUAGCUUUGGUGUGGUACUUGUUGAGCUCUUAACUGGACAAAAACCAGUUUCUUUGGCAAGAUCCCAAGAAGAAAGAAGCCUAGCAACUUAUUUCCUUCUUUCUAUGGAUCAAGAUUAUCUGUUUGAUGUUCUAGAUCCUCAAGUUACGAGAUAUGGGGGGAAAGAAGAGAUUACUGCAGUUGCUAACCUUGCAAAAAGAUGCUUAAAUUUGAAUGGAAAGAGACGACCUACUAUGAAAGAAGUAGCAGUUGAGUUGGAGGCAAUUCAAUCGUCAAUUAAGGCCUCUAAUCAUGUUGAUCCAAAUUUGGAAGAGGUUGCAUAUAUCCAAACUCAUGAAAUAACCGAGGCUUGGGAUAUUGUUUCUACAUCAACAGGGCCUUGUAUCGAUGGUGGUACGUCUUCAUUCGAUGCACAACCACUGUUGACUUUGAAGACUCUGUGAACCUUGUUCUCUUGUUUGAGGUUAACUCCUUUUGUUCUUACAUCGUGUAGCACAUAUGCAUUUUCGUUCGUCUCAAAUUUUCCUCGAUGGGGUUCAAGUAGCAGAUUCUUUUACUAAGUUAAUCUCUCUUCAAAUGGUUUGACAUGGUGGGAUUUGCCUCCUAAAUUGGUCUUCUUAUUGUCCCAGAGAUUUUUUUGGAACUUUCCAAUUCGUUUUCAUUUUUUUUUCUCUAGAUAUUGUAUUUGUCAUUUGUUUUUUUGUAUUUUGGGGAGUAGUAUCGUUUCGAUCACUCCAUUUUUUUUCUUUUUCUUUUUGAGGCGUUAGGUUUCAUGUCUCCUUCUUGCUGAUUGUAUUAUCUUUUUCCUUUUCAUUUUAAUAAAAGAC